GUGUUGUUCCUGUCAAAUAGGAAACGACAAACAACCAGAGCAAAUAUAAAGUGCAGACUGAAAGAAGGACAGUAGCGGAAAAGAAACCGUGGACUCAGUGGAUAUCCCCCUCCAAGUUGGUGAGCUGUCUUGUUGAUUGUAAUCACUGCAGACUGAGGGACCAUGGCCAUCCUACUUAUUUUUAUCACCCUGCUACAUCUCUUCACAAUGGCACUUCUGUUUAUUGCCACCAUGGACAAGUCAUGGUGGGUGUGGAGCAGCACAGAGAAGUCAGACAUCUGGUACAACUGCAGGCUAGACAAUGAAACAGAGACGUGGCUUUGUGCUUCAUUAGAAGAGACGGAGUGGCUUCAAGCUGUCCAAGUCCUGAUGGUCUUAUCUGCAGUCUUCUGCUCUAUUUCAUUUCUUAUUUUCCUUGCUCAGCUUUUUAUCAUGUCAAAAGGAGGCCUCUUCUACCUUACAGGAGUCUGUCAAGCAUUUGCAGGUCUCACAACAUUGACUGCAAUACUAAUCUAUACAUUACACAACAAAGAAAUCCUUCAGGGCCCCAGAAAGUUGAGCUCAGGACACUUUAGUUACUGCUUUAUUUUGGCAUGGUUGUGUGUGCCUUUGCUAAUGUGGAGUGGAAUCAUGUACAUUUACUUGCGCAAAAGGGAGUAGCGUCAUUCUUCACUCCUGGUCGAGUUAAAUAUAAAACAGCCACAGGAAAAUGUAUAUUUAUAUUUUAUCAAUUUUAUAUUUUAACAAAAUCAAACUUAAUAUUUGUUCUUCAUUCAUAGGAUAAUGUAUUGUACCGCAAUAUCUUGCAGACUAUAUACAUGUCAAGUAUUUUUAUGAAUAAACCCUGAUCAAAACCUC